AUGGCACCGAGAGAUCCGAGAGUUAAGCAGAGGGGAGGGAGCAUCUCCCAAGCCAGCCAACCAAACCCGGCGACACAGGACAGCAUCGAGGUGAACACAACAGAGAAAGUCAGAUCAAAGGUUGUGGCGGGCCGAACAGAAAAGCCAAAGCCAAAGCCUCAAGAUGCUCGAACCCACGAAGCCAACCAGGAACGCGCCUAUGUAGCGGCAUCUCGUCGCUCAGACCGUAGUCUCGAGGCCCGUCUCCAGUCGGCUAGGUUGGCAUCUGAAAUCCACAAGAAGCGUACCGGUAAGGGCUUCAAGAUCACCACUGAGGCUGUCCUGAAUGACGCGAUGUACGAGGAGGAAGAGGAACCCAGGACAGCCCGGCUACCGUAUGCCACCGGCAACUUCCAGAAUUUCGCUUUGGAGCAGCAUUACCAGAGGGUCAAUGCCCAAUUUGCGGAGGCCUUUCCAACUCUACUUCAACCUCCAGCGAUGCCUCUUGUCCCACAGUACAUGCCAAUGCCCCAGCAGCGAACAAUGUCGAUGAUGUCCAUGAACUCAGCCCCUUCUUACGGUCUCCCGCCAAACCAUGGCAUGCAGCAGUUCCGCGAGAGGACACAGUCAGUUCCAAACAUCCCCUUGGUAUCAGCAAACUCGGCCAACUCAACAAGUCCUGGCAUGCCCCACGGCUUUGGACAGAGGACACAGUCACUCCCCGUUGUCCCGCCCAUAUCAACCAAUUCACCGACUCUAUCCGUUUCCCAUCGUCCCGCCGGUUCUCACACCAGAAACUCGUCAAUGUCCGAGUUUUCGCCACCUCCGGCUCUCACACCCAGCGUCGGCGAUGGGACACCUCCGCUACCGGGACUUCUCACUCCGACCUUUGGCCAUGAAAACUUCGACAGCUCGACGACAAUGCAGCCUCGCUAUCGACAGUCAUCAGUUACCUCUACCUCCGAUGCCCCUCUUACUCCACAGUCAGCGAUGUCCGUAUUACAACCGACGCAGGCAGGCCAUUCCGCCGCUCUCCCAAAAGCCUCGACGGAUGGCGUGAAUCAGCUGGCCAGUGAACCCCAGUUCUAUCCAAGCUAUGUCGAUGGCUCUUUUGAGCAUUUCGAUGACUUGUAUAACAGCCUGUCACAACAGCCUCUCGAUCUGGACGAGUCACGCUCGUUCUAUCCGUCAUUUGCACAGCAGGACGAAAACGCGCCCAUGUUCUUUCAAUCACAGACAGAGAAGCCUAAGGAGCCCGACACCGAGCCUGAUCCACUGGUUAAUAAUGAUCACGACACGUUUGUGGACUGGAAUGGAGGUGGCGUUUAA